GGGAGGAGCAGGGCGGGGGGACCAGGAGGAAGGAGCGAGAUUAGGUAGUCAUCAAUCUCCUCCUGUUUCUCCCAGAACAGGUGAUGCUUCUAAAUUGUGUGCACUUUCCGGAGGCUGCGCUGCCGCUGGAAGGAUGCGAGCGACCUAGGGCAGAGGGCCUGGGGGGGCAGAUUUGAACUUGCGGAGGAUAAAACCCAAACUUUGCAUCCGACUGUCUUGACCAGAAGCAAAGGACCGUUAUUUUUCUCUCUUCACCCCCCCCCUUUUUCUAAGAGAGGCUCAAACUUCGGCACUUGAUCCCUUGGAUUGUUUUGGAGGAGACGCUUUGGUGACAGCCUUGGGGACAGUGAGGACUGUGUUGUAACUCUUAUUUUUAAAGCGACCGUAGAGCAGACUUUUUAAAUGUUUGGGAUUCAAGAUACUUUAGGAAGAGGACCAACUCUGAAAGAGAAAUCGCUGGGCGCCGAGAUGGAUUCGGUCAGGUCCUGGGUCCGGAAUGUCGGCGUAGUGGACGCUAAUGUCGCGGCGCAGAGUGGAGUCGCUCUCUCUCGGGCCCACUUUGAGAAGCAGCCUCCCUCCAACUUGAGGAAAUCCAACUUCUUUCACUUCGUGCUGGCGCUCUAUGACAGGCAGGGGCAGCCGGUGGAGAUUGAGCGCACAGCCUUCGUAGACUUUGUGGAAAACGACAAAGAACAAGGCAACGAGAAGACCAACAACGGCACCCACUACAAGUUGCAGCUUCUCUACAGCAACGGUGUCCGCACCGAGCAGGACCUGUAUGUCAGACUUAUUGACUCGGUCACCAAGCAGCCCAUAGCUUAUGAGGGACAAAAUAAGAAUCCAGAAAUGUGCCGAGUUCUCCUGACACACGAAGUGAUGUGCAGUCGAUGUUGCGAAAAGAAAAGUUGUGGAAACCGAAAUGAGACUCCUUCAGACCCUGUCAUCAUCGACAGAUUCUUUUUAAAAUUUUUCCUCAAGUGCAAUCAGAAUUGUUUGAAAACAGCAGGAAACCCAAGGGACAUGAGGAGGUUUCAGGUUGUGUUGUCAACAACAGUGAAUGUGGAUGGACAUGUGCUGGCUGUUUCUGACAACAUGUUUGUUCAUAACAACUCCAAGCAUGGACGGAGAGCCAGAAGACUGGACCCAUCCGAAGCUACCCCCUGCAUCAAAGCCAUCAGCCCAAGCGAAGGCUGGACCACAGGAGGAGCCAUGGUCAUCAUCAUCGGAGACAACUUUUUUGAUGGCCUCCAAGUGGUGUUUGGGACUAUGCUUGUGUGGAGCGAGCUAAUCACCCCUCAUGCCAUCAGAGUGCAGACUCCUCCUCGGCACAUCCCUGGAGUCGUGGAAGUGACAUUAUCUUAUAAAUCCAAACAGUUCUGCAAAGGUGCUCCGGGGAGGUUCAUUUACACAGCAUUAAAUGAACCCACCAUAGACUAUGGCUUCCAGAGGCUCCAGAAAGUCAUCCCACGGCAUCCUGGGGAUCCUGAGAGAUUAGCUAAGGAAAUGCUGUUGAAAAGAGCUGCAGAUCUAGUGGAGGCCCUCUAUGGCACACCACACAAUAAUCAGGACAUCAUUUUGAAGCGAGCCGCAGACAUUGCUGAAGCCCUCUACAGUGUCCCCAGGAAUCCCAGCCAGAUCCCAGCUCUCUCCAGCUCUCCAGCUCACAGUGGCAUGAUGGGAAUCAAUUCCUAUGGCAGCCAGCUCGGGGUCAGCAUCUCAGAGUCAACACAGGGAAAUAAUCAAGGAUACAUCCGCAACACGAGCAGCAUCUCUCCACGUGGCUACUCUUCCAGCUACCCCCAGCAGUCCAACUACAGCACCUCCAGUAACAGUAUGAACGGCUACAGCAAUGUCCCCAUGGCCAACCUGGGCGUUCCAGGGUCACCGGGAUUUCUCAAUGGCUCCCCCACUGGCUCCCCUUAUGGAAUCAUGUCAUCAAGCCCCACUGUUGGAUCUUCUAGCACGUCCUCCAUCCUCCCGUUUUCCUCUUCGGUUUUUCCUGCUGUCAAACAGAAGAGUGCCUUUGCCCCUGUCAUCAGGCCCCAAGGCUCCCCUUCGCCCGCCUGCUCCAGUGGCAAUGGAAAUGGAUUCAGAGCCAUGACUGGACUAGUCGUGCCCCCGAUGUAAAGAAGAGGAAGAACUGCUUUCUUAUAGCACAAAACUACUUACUUUGAUGGACCAAUAAUGAGGAAAACACUCUGAGCUCCUUAGGGAGAGCUGAGGCCCCAAAUGAACAUGAUGGACAGACUUGGGUAUCCAGGAGCUUGCAUCUCACCUGGUCUCAUGUUCCUCAUGUGGCCCUGAUGGUGGCUACACAAACUCACCCUUUUGUGGGGAAGGACAAAAGAUGUCAUUGACGUAGUCAGUGCUAAGAGCAGAAAUGCAAUUCUUUGUUAUGAACAUUAUGAGAACCACCUUCCUAUGUUUGUAAAAUAUUUAAGAAAAAAAUUGGCAAACAAUUCAUGCUUAAUAUUUUGGAUACUAUUUGUUUUUCUUUGUAGGAAAAAAAAGUUGAAAGUUUCUAUUUUCUAUGAAGCCUUUCAGAUACCAAUUUAGUUUAUGCAGAAAAAAAAAAUGAACAAAACAGGGUACCAGCAUGGAAGACUUUCUUAAAACGAAACCUGAAUUGAAUGAUAAAAUGUUGUUGUAUGUGUGUUUGCUUAUAGUUUAAUCUCUUAAAAAAAAAAACAAAAAAGGGAAAAAUUUUAAAAUGUUUUACAAUUAUUUAAAUAAAUAAACGUGUAACUUAUUGUAAGUAGAAGUAGAGAUUAAGACCUUUUUGGAGAAGAAAGAAAUUUCUCUUCCUGAUGUAAAAUGAAAAUGAUGCAAAAUGUAGUAACAAGUUUAAACAGUGUGUGAUUAUUACUACAGUUACUUACUAGACUCUUAUCCCCCUCCCUACAUCCCCCUCUUUUUCCAUCAUUUGAUUGAUCCAUGGAACAUGUACUUCAUGUAAUUCCUACAGACAAGCUGAUGCAGAAACAAAGAUUCAAGUUCAUGCACAUACAUGAAUACUCGAGUCCACCAAUUCAUCCCCAGCUCCGUCUGCUUUCUAAAUAGUCUCUAUGCCCCUUUGGUAGUCACCAUUUUAUUUUUUAAGUUAUAUUAGCUCUCAGAAUCCCCCCAUGAACAGUGCAGACAAUUUCUCUCUAAAUUUCAUUCCAGAGAAAGAAAUAUUUCACCUUAAAGAUGAUUCAAAGCCACGUGACUUUCCCAUCCAGGCAGCCCCUUUGGAGUUCCCCCUUGACAGAGCCACACACUCCUCUUCUUUGGUUACCUGCCCCACCGCAGAGCUUCAGAAGUAGGGUUUGAAGAAGACAACUCUGUUUCUUGGACCCUUAAACAUUGAUAUUAAAAUACCCACAUUCUUCUUUGUAGAUUUUCUCUUUCAUUGCAUUUGAAACCUCUUGGGAAUAGUAUGUAUCCAACUUGACACAUUUUCUAGGUAAGAGUAGGGUAGGAAGUGGAAGAGGAUGUUAAAAGCCCUACAUCCUCUUCUGAUGUUUGAAGAAAGAGCGUUCCAGAAUCCUGCCAGGGUCAGAGAUGAGGGGCAUCUGUGUUUUAUGCAGCACAGUCACCCGGCGCUGUGAUGGGCUCUGUCCUGGGACUAGCUCUUAGGAGGAAAGUCCUUGCAGGAUCUGCUAGCAUUGGCUGAAUUUGGAAAGCCUGUGUGAUCCUGAAGAUGUAUCUAGACUCAUUUGGACUGCCAAUAAGGAUGCCAUUUUAUUCCAGGCCAGGGUUCUCCUUGCUGAGUCCUUGGCAUCACUGUAGAGUCUAUACACAGACUUGGGUUUGGCGUUCUUGAUGCAGCUGUCAUGGAAAAACAUUGGUGCUGCGUCUGGGCCAAUUUUGGACAACUCCAUAAAUUCUGCCUCCCUUAUGUUUGCCCCUGGGUACAUGCUCAUACCUAUCCAACCUUCACUGGUCUUAUUUUGCCUUUAAUCUGUUAUGGAAUCAACUAACAUGACCCAAAUAUUGUUUCUAUGCACACGAGAAUCCAAGGUUUUGGAAACCUGACUUGCUUAUAAUUAUUGGUGACAGAUUCUCAGAGUCAGGACUUAAAGCACCAAAACAGAGGGACACACACAAGGGGAGUUCCUGGUGAAAAACCUGAGGGGUGGGGAGAAAUCUGAGGAAUAUAGACAUUCCCAUCCUAAAGUGAAGGCAGAACAAAAUUAAGCAUGUUUAGAUCUGGAUUUGAGCCAAUCCAACAUAAGGAAAUGUUUUUUUUAAAGUAGCAUUGCUUUUAGAACCUGUGAAUUUUGCUCUUGCAUGAAGAUGAGUGCAGUACUGUCUUCAAAAUGAUUGUAGAAUUUGUUGGUAGCUUUACACCGAAAAAUGUGUGUAACUAAAUACCAGACAUCCUUGACCAUUCAGCUAGAACCUUGGCAGCAACAGAUCUAUAUAAUUGUACAAAUGUGUGUAAGGAUUAUUUUUAGUGUACUAAUAAAUUGAAAACAAAGCAACUCUGUCCUCUUCCUCUUUAGUCAUUGCUGUUGAAUCCUCCCUGUCCCAGGUUAUUUUGUGCCACUUGGAAUACAAGUAUUUCUAUAGGUAACGACAAAUUCUAUCCUAUCUUUGUAAGAGGAGCUGUGUAAGAUUUUUCAUUUAAAGGAACAAUUUGCUUCAUUAUUUAUCUCAUUUUUUGGUUAUAGCAUCGUAAUUUUUCCCAGUUUUCUUUGCACAUUUCAAUAUGCAUGGUUUAAAAACCAUUAUCUUCUCUACCUUUUGUACAGUAAGGUUUCAUUUUCAAACUGUAUAGUUUCAUUUUAUUGUUUUGCUUUGUCAGUUAUAUACAGUAUAAAGUUGCUAUGCACAGAGCUUUUUGUAAAGACAGCUUUUUUUGUUUACUGUU